UGUCUUCUCAAAUUCUCUCUUCUCUUCCCCUCUCUCUUCUGUCUGAUCUCCCUUUUGUUAAACCCUUCUUCUCUUCAAUCAAAUUUUCUUUCUUUCUUGUUCCUUUGGUUUAGGCUUUAAAGUUAGGCAUCUAUGGAGACCCACUCAGAGGGUAACAACCAAGACAGCGUAGGUCGAAUGAAGAAUCUCCAAUCUCGAAUGGAGUCCCAACACAACACCCAUCUCGACCUCCUCGCUUCUCUCCAGACCCAAGUCCCAAACAUCGUUUCCUCCCUCGAUCUCUCUCUCAAAGUCGUCUCCCUUUUCAACAACAGACCUUUCACUCCCACACCUUGUCUCCCAAACCCCAACCCCAUCAAACCCACAAAGCCCACCAAAUUGCCCACCAAUGCUCAAAACGCAGCGACUGCGUUAAACCCUGUUGGGAAAUCUGAGAGUGAGAGGUUUAGUCCUGGUUCUGAUGAGAGUGGGAGUCCGUCAGCUUUAGUGAGGUCUAUGGUGGCUGUUUGUUUGUUGGGGAGAGUACCCUUUACGCCUAUAGACUCGUCCACGGUGUUGAGGAAGUUGGAGAAUGACCAGAAUGCGACCGCGGCUGAGAAAGCUGCGUUGAGAGAGUUGGGUGGUGAUUCUGGGGCUAUAUCGGCUGUAGAGAUGGCGUUGAGUUCAAUGGCUAAGGAUAUUGAUGGGUUUGAGUUAGGGGAUUUCGAAGUGAGUGGAAAAUCUAGAGUCAUGGUUUUGUCAAUUGGUAAGCUUAUGAGAGAAUUGCCUGAGAGUAAGCAGUUUCAGGAAAAUAUGAGUUUGAGUGAUGGGAAUGUGAAUAAUGGUGGAGGAGUGUUCGGAGGGCAUGUGCAAAGGGGGGCAAUGCAAGAUAUGUGGAUGGGGCCGGGUGGGCCGUCGCAUUUGGGUGGUAUGCAGCCAGGUGGGAUAAUGGGGUCAAGGGGUCCUAGAGGUAUGGGGAUGAUGGGGAUGGGUAGAGGGGUUGGUGUGCAUCCAAUGCAUAGGCCGAGUACACCAUUGCCGAUUGGUGGUGGUGGGGUGAAUACUGCAAUGCUGCAGAAGCCUAGGACUGAAGAGGAUGACAUGAAGGAUCUUGAGGCUUUGUUGAAGAAGAAGUCUUUUAUGGAGUUGCAGAAAUCAAAGACUGGUGAGGAGCUUUUGGACCUCAUUCACCGCCCCACUGCUAGGGAAACUGCUGUAGCUGAAAAGUUUAAAACCAUAGGUGGUCCAAACCUGAAGGAGUACUGUACAUCCCUAACAAAAGAGGAUUGCCGGCGUCAAACUGGUUCCUUUAUGGCGUGUGAGAAGGUUCAUUUUCGGCGAAUCAUUGCCCCACAUACUGACAUCAAUUUAGGGGACUGCUCUUUUCUAGAUACUUGUCGUCACAUGAAGACAUGCAAAUAUGUUCAUUACGAGAUAGACCAAAUGCCAGAUGUGCUUCCUCCUCCCAAACCACUAAAGCGUGCUGAAUAUUGUUCAGAAGUUGAACUUGGUGAACCACAAUGGAUUAAUUGUGAUAUCCGUUCAUUUAGAAUGGACAUUUUAGGGCAAUUUGGAGUUAUAAUGGCAGAUCCACCAUGGGACAUUCAUAUGGAAUUGCCUUAUGGAACGAUGGCUGAUGAUGAAAUGCGCACUCUGAAUGUUCCUGCAUUGCAGACUGAUGGACUAAUUUUUCUAUGGGUCACUGGACGUGCAAUGGAACUUGGACGUGAAUGUUUAGAACUUUGGGGGUACAAGCGUGUCGAGGAGAUCAUUUGGGUGAAGACUAAUCAACUUCAGCGAAUAAUUAGAACAGGAAGGACAGGCCACUGGCUAAAUCACAGUAAGGAGCAUUGCCUUGUUGGAAUAAAGGGAAAUCCAGAAGUAAAUAGGAAUAUUGAUACUGAUGUCAUUGUUGCUGAGGUUCGAGAGACAAGCCGUAAGCCAGAUGAGAUGUACCCCAUGCUGGAGAGGAUAAGUCCUAGGACAAGAAAGCUGGAAUUGUUUGCCCGCAUGCACAACACUCAUGCAGGAUGGAUGUCACUUGGUAAUCAAUUGCGUGGAGUACGUUUAGUUGAUGAAGGUCUGCGAGCAAGGUUCAAGGCUGCUUACCCUGAAGAGGAGGUGCAGCCCGUUUCCCCUCCCAGAGCUUCUGCUAUGGAAGUAGACUCUGGUCCUGCCGCUCAAAUGAGGAAUCCCUUUGCAACAGCUGACUCGAAGUCCACAUCUGCCCAUUUCACAGAAUCUGCAGUUCAAUAAACACCUAGGCAGUAUGGACACUUCAUUUAGGAUGUUGUACCCAUGUUGUAUCCGUAUCAUACCUAUAUCAUGCAGGUGUCAUACCAGUCAUUUUAUGUUAUAAUAUUUCAAAAAUUACUCAUGUCACCAUAUCGUACCCGUGUCCAUGUCCGUGCUUCUUAGAUAAACACUCUAUCUAUGCUACUUCGGAAGAGAAACUAACAGUGGAAUGACCAUUGAUGUUGGCAUGGUGAGCUGAGGAAUCAACAGUUCCAUCAUAACUCAAUCAAACAGCAUUUAAUUGCCACAUGCAUGGUUAGCUCUUAGAGAUCUAGAGGAAUUCACCUUUUAAUGUUAAAUUUUUCAUGCACGUUCCUUGCUUUUUUGGUAGAAAGCACAAGAAACCCUUCCUGAUUUACUCAGGUCUUUUUUAUAUCAGGCUACGUGUAAAUUGUAUUGAUAAGAGCAUGUAAAAUUAACAUUUAUUCUGGGCAUUGAGAAAGUAUCUCAUAGCUUUCAAUUUCUUGUUACCAAUUGACUUUUGAUUUUAUUU